AUGGAUAAUGGAACUAAGGAGUGGUGGAUGGCUGCCAAAUGGAGUGAAGAAUAUGAACGAGGAGUAAACGAAUAUAUUAAAAGGGCCUUUUAUGCCAAGUCUGAAGGAAACCAAAUUUGUUGUCCAUGUGGUAGUUGUCAUUAUCGUUAUUGGUGUCAUGAAAAAGUUGUGAGAGAUCACCUAGUUUGCAAUGGUUUUGUGCCAAGAGCGGACAAGUUGUCAGAAUUAGGGAUCCACUUUGAAAGAGAAAUACCUACUUGCAAUGCUGAUGAACAGUCGAACCAAGAUGAUUUGGAUGAUGAUCUAGUAGGGUUGUUACAUGAUGCACGUGAUGCUUUUAGAGAGGGGCCGAAUGAUGAGACAAGAAAGUUUUUCCAGUUACUUGAAGGAGGUCAGGAGGAAUUGUAUCCCGGGUGCAAGACGCAUUCAAAACUUUCCUUUAUGAUCAGACUAUUUUUCAUAAAGUGUGUUCAUAAGUUGACCAAUGGUGCGUAUGCUGAUAUUGCAGACCUUGUAAUGGAGGCGUUUCCUGAUGCAAAAUUGCCCAAGUCUUUUAAUGAAGCGAAGAGUGCUUUAAAGGUGUUGGGAUUGAAUUAUACUAAGAUAGAUGCAUGCCCCAAUGAUUGCAUGUUGUACUGGGAAGAGCAUGCAAAUACCACAAGUUGCCAUGUUUGUGAUACGCCAAGAUGGAAGUCGAAUGAUACCGAGAACGACACGCCACUUGAAGAUGGAAAAGUCCAUAGGAUUCCCAAAAACAUCCUUAGGUACUUUCCAAUAAACAGAAGGUUGCAAAGGCUACUUAUGUUCCAAGAGACCGCAAGCAACAUGACAUGGCAUACUAGUGGUCGAGAAAAUGAUCAUCUUUUACAUCAUCCAGUAGACGAAAAAGCUUGGAAGGAGUUUGAUUCUUUGUAUCCAAAGUUUGCCGAGGAUCCGCGCAAUCCAAAGUUUUUGAUGUUAGCUUUACUUAUCCCUGGCCCUUCUUCCCCCGGUAAUGAUAUUGACAUUUAUUUGCAGCCACUAAUAAAGGAUCUAAAGGAAUUGUGGGAGUUUGGUUUGGAAACUUAUGAUUCUUCAAGCAAUCAAAGCUUAUGCAAUGUUGUCCGGUGGAGCACAAAAGGAUAUUUUGCAUGCCCUGGUUGUCACUAUGACAAUGAUUCUGAGAGAUUGGAUUUUAGCAAAAAGAAUUGUUAUAGGGCAACUCGUAGAUUUCUUGAUCCAGCUCAUCGUUGGCGUUAUAAUAAGAGGAACUUUGACGGAGUGAUUGAGGAAAGAAGUGAGCCUAUUCCUUUGAAAGGAACCGAUGUUGAGUAUAUGUUGCGUGAUUUUCCAAAUGAAUUUGGAAAGAAGCGAAAGAAAACGAGGGGUGAUGAGGAUGAUCCAGUUCCAUGGAGAAAGAUAUCCAUACUUUUUCAGUUGUCAUAUUGGAAGCAUUGUUCCAAUCGCCAUAAUCUCGACGUAAUGCAUAUUGAGAAAAAUGUGUUUGAUAAUGUUCUUGGGACAUUAUUAGACAUACCUGGAAAGACUAGAGAUCAUGAAAGUGCUCGUCGAGAUUUGGUAAAAAUGAAAAUCAUGCCGGAGCUUUAA